GCCUGUACUUGCACAUUUACACUUGUACACCAACUGCAGCCCAUCAAAUCCCCAAAGCCUACAGCCAAAGAAACCAGCAUGGUAAUGCGCUCGGCGUGCUUUCUGCUGCUGCUGACCGCCUCCAUGUUCUUCUCAACGCUCCUGGACGCGGAUGCUGAUGAUGAGGCGGCGCUGCUGGCCUUCAAGGCGGCAGCAGUUGGCAGCAACACCGACGCCCUUGCUUCCUGGAACGGGAGCACCGAUGGCGGAUACUGCAGCUGGGAGGGGGUGAGGUGCCGGGGCAGGCACCAUCGAGUGGUGGCGCUGAGCCUGCCAUCCCAUGGGCUUACCGGCAUCCUCUCGCCUGUUGUCGGAAACCUGUCCUCCCUGAGGAUUCUUAACUUGACCGACAACGGAUUUUGCGGGAACAUCCCUGCGAGCCUCGGUCGUUUGCGACACCUCCGUAUCCUCAGCUUGGGCAAAAAUGCCUUCUUUGGCCCGCUGCCCACCAACCUGAGCUCUUGCACGAGCCUAAUGAUCAUGCAGCUCCGCUUCAACCAGCUCAGCGGGCGAGUGCCUUCUGAGUUCGGCAACAAAUUGACAAACCUUAGGAUUCUCAGCCUUACGAACAACAGCCUCACCGGUUCCAUCCCAGCGUCGCUGAGCAACUUGUCAUCAUUGAGUUUUAUGAAUCUUGGGUUCAAUCAGCUUGAGGGUACUAUCCCGCAUAAUCUUGGCGUUCUCAAGGAUCUCCGUUUUCUUGCGCUCGCCUUCAACCACCUCUCCGGCAAUCUCCCUGUAUCCCUAUACAACUUGUCUUCGAUGGAAACGAUGCAGAUUCAGUCCAACAUGCUCUCCGGCAGCAUCGCUACUGAUAUUGGUCGUAGGUUCCCUAGCAUGCAAAUCCUUGGUUUUUGGGGAAACCGGUUUGCCGGGCACAUCCCUGCUUCACUCUCCAACCUCACAUCACUCCAGGUACUCGACCUCUCACAAAAUAGCCUCAGUGGAUAUGUGCCUCGCACGGUGGGGAGACUACAUGAUCUGCGAAGUCUAUACUUGUACACCACGAUGCUAGAAGCUAACGACAGGGAGGGGUGGGAAUUUAUCACUUCUUUAUCAAAUUGCAGCCAGCUCCAAAAAUUAUCUAUCGGCGGCAACCCGGCUUUCACUGGGCACCUACCAAGCUCAAUAGUGAACCUCUCAACAACCCUGCAAAGUCUCGAAUUUUUCGGCACUGAGAUUUGGGGAAGUAUCCCCGCAGCCAUUGGCAACCUGGCGGGCCUUGAAACCCUUAGUGCUCAAGAUACUUACAUAUCCGGAGUAAUUCCAGAUAGCAUCGGCAAGCUAGAAAAGCUGACUAGACUUGGUUUGUUCAAUACUAACUUGUCAGGCCAAAUACCGUCGUCUAUUGGGAAUCUCUCAAAGUUAGUUAUGUUUUAUGCAUAUCAUAGCAAUCUAGAGGGACCGAUUCCAGCAAGCAUUGGGAAGUUAAACAGUAUAAGUGCCUUAGAUUUGUCAAUGAACCGACUGAACAGUUCGAUUCCUAGGGAGAUUUUCAAACUGCCACUUAGCUCUUUGAGUUACUUAAACUUGUCGUAUAAUUCACUAUUAGGAGCCCUCCCCUCUGAAGUUGGCAACUUAGGCAACCUUAACGUCAUGGUUUUAUCAGGAAACCAACUGUCUGGAGAGAUACCUGAAAGUAUGGGGGAGUGCACUGUGCUUGAAGAACUUUGGUUGGACAAUAACUUAUUUAACGGAAGCAUACCCAAAUCUCUAAACAAGGGUCUGGUUGUACUCAACUUGUCCAUGAAUGAGUUGUCUGGUACUAUUCCUGAAGCCAUUGGAAAUAUUCACGGCCUGCAACAACUGAGUCUAGCGCACAACAAUUUGUCAGGGCCAAUCCCUGAAAUUCUACAGAAUCUAGCAUCAUUGUCGAUGUUGGAUUUGUCCUUCAACAACCUGCAAGGGGAAGUGCCAAAAGAGGGGAUUUUUAGAAAUUUGGCUAACCUUUCGAUCACCGGAAAUAACGACCUUUGUGGAGGAAUACCACAGCUUCAUUUAGCUCCAUGCAAGAUAGAUUCUGAAAAAAAGAACGGAAGAAGACAUUUGAAAUAUCUUACAAUAGCUCUACCAACAACCGGUGCACUCUUACUAAUAGCCAUCCUUACUGCACUCAUUUACUUGAUCUAUAAGAAGGAUAAGCAGAGGAGCCCAUUCCAACCAUCAAUAGUUGAGGAACAGUAUGAAAGAAUUUCCUACCAUGCAUUAGAAAAUGGAACCAAUGGAUUCUCAGAAGCAAAUUUGCUUGGUAAAGGAAGCUUCGGGGCAGUCUAUAAAUGUGCUUUGCAAGGUGAGGGGACUAUUGUGGCUGUAAAAGUUUUAAACCUUGAACAGACUGGCGCUACUAAAAGUUUCAUAGCUGAAUGUGAGGCAUUGAGAAGGGUGCGCCAUCGAUGUCUCAUAAAGAUCAUCACCUGCUGCUCAAGCAUCAACAAACAAGGUCAAGACUUCAAAGCAUUGGUUUUUGAGUUCAUGCCGAAUGGUAGCUUGCAUUCUUGGCUCCAUAAGAAGUCUGACAUGCCCACUAUCAACAAUACUCUCAGCCUAGCACAAAGGCUAGAUAUCGCUGUCGAUAUUAUGGAUGCUUUGGACUAUCUUCAUAAUCACUGCCAGCCACCAAUCGUCCACUGUGACCUCAAGCCAAGCAAUAUCCUCAUUGCAGAAGACAUGAGUGUCCGGGUUGGAGAUUUUGGCAUAUCUAGAAUCCUUACAGAAAGUGCAAGUAGAACUCUGCAAAAUUCUAAUAGCACAAUUGGAAUAAGAGGCUCCAUUGGCUAUGUUGCUCCUGAGUAUAAUGAAGGAUCUUCCAUCACAACUCUUGGUGAUGUUUAUAGCCUCGGAAUACUGCUGCUCGAGAUGUUUACAGGAAAGAGUCCAACAGAUGCUAUGUUCACAGGUUCAUUGGAUCUACACAGGUACUCAGAGGAUGCUCUUCCACACAAAAUCUGGGAGAUAGCCGAUACAACAAUGUGGUUGCACACAGACACCUAUGAUGACAGUACAAGAAACAGAACUGAGAAUUGUUUGGGCCAUGUCAUUUCCCUUGGGAUAUCCUGCUCAAGAAAACAACCUAGAGAGAGGACACUGAUACAGGAUGCAGCAACUGAGAUGCAUGCUAUUAGAGAUUCAUACCAGUCUGUGGGUAGAAUAUGAGGAGUAGCAACAACUCCCUGGUGGUGGAACAUA